AUGGAACUUCCAAACCUUUCGUCGAACCAAUUGGGGCCCAUGCAGCGUCGUCCUUCCAUUUCGUCGUUAUCGUCGACCUCCGAGAACGCUUCUUCAGCGUAUGGAAGUACAACUCCUCAAUUAUCACAUCAGCGGAUAAAUCAGGCUAGAUCCCAGCCCCUGCAGGCCCAGAUCCAUGGCCAACCACAGUCUGGUCAGUCUGGUCACCAUGUUGGCCAAUCCGGAGGAGGGUCUCAACCGGGAGCAGGGUUACAACCGUCCUGGUUGAACAACAAUAUCAACAGUCAUACCCUUAGUAGCAUGAACAAUGUAGCUCCUUGGGUCGAACAGCAGGCCCAACAGGCCAAGGAUUCUGCCAGUGAUGAUGCCGUAGUGGAUUCUGCUACUGCUGCUGCUGCUGCUGCUAGUGCCUCCGGGCAAGCUCCUCCUGGUGGGCCUCCAGCUGCCACGCAGUCAGUCAGCUCCCCUUCACCCAAUGUGAUUGAUACUUCGAAUCGAGAUGACGAUUCGGACUCUGAUGACGAACUAAUCCCCACCGCGAUAGUCAUCAAGAACAUCCCCUUCGCCAUUAAAAAGGAGCAGUUACUUGACGUGAUGACCAAAUUGAACUUGCCGCUCCCUUACGCUUUCAACUAUCACUUUGACAACGGCGUGUUCCGUGGGUUGGCCUUUGCUAAUUUCACCCUGACCAACGAAACUUCGCAGGUGGUUAACUUGUUGAACGGCAGAGAAAUCGGUGGAAGAAAGCUCAGAGUUGAAUACAAGAAAAUGCUCCCCUUGCAAGAAAGGGAGCGCAUCGAAAGAGAAAAGAGAGAGAAACGCGGCCAGCUUGAAGAGCAACAUAGAUCGACAUCCAAUGCAUCUUUGGCUUCUCUCAUGUCCACUGCAUCUACAACAGCAGCUACCAAGAAUCUCAGUGUAAACGGAACUGGAACUCUUCAGCAGCAAACUGAAAGAUUAUUCCUUAUGUACCCAUCGCCUAACACCCCGCCUCCACCUCCUACUGAAAUCAAUUUCAAUGAUCCAGAAAUCUUAGAACUUUACACUCAACUUGUAAUUUAUAGAGACGAUAUCUCCAAAUCGGUGUUUGAGUUGGCAUUCCUGACCGGAUUGACCAUCAACCAAAGGAAGAUUUUGAGUAUUUUAUCGCAAUACUUGAACCUUUUGGAAUUUUACGACAACGGAACAAUUGUCAUCAGAAGGAAACCUGGACAGAUUCCAAUUACGAGGGCUAACUUGGCCAUUCCUCCUCAGCACACGCUCCAUCUGCAACAACCAUCGUCAGGAGGACAAUCACAACAGCAUCAACAACAGGGUCAACAGCAAAGUCAGGUAAUCCCUCCAUCGCAUUCAUCAAGCAUGAUGAACUUAAACCAAUUUAAUUUGGGAAUACCUCCAAUUGCUACGGCUACAUCAAACUCCAGUGGUGCUAGUUCAAGUGUUGCACCGGAACUUUUAAGAUCGCAAUCACAAUCAGCCAUCCCAUUAAGCAUCCCUCCUCCAAAUAGACCCGUACAGAGCUCCACUCCAAUUCAACAGCAGUUUCCUCAAUACGGACAAGGAAACAACGGAUCAAGAUACCAAGGACCACCCAAUGGGCAGUAUGGAUGGCAGCACCACUCUCCGCAACCCCAGCAUUCUAAUAUGCAUGUUCACCAGCAACCACUGGUCCCAUCACAAAAUGCCGGACAACAAGGCGGACAACAAGGAUCUAAUUCAUCAGUUCCAGCACCUCAGGCAUCCACGCCAACAUCGGCUGCUGCGUUGCUCCGUUCAUCCAAUAACCGUUCGUUUGUAGAUGUUAGAUCCACGCCACCGUUUAGUGCCGAAUCUCCAACUCCACAACAUCACCACUACUUCAAUCCUUCAGGAAGCGGUGCAGGGAUUCAACUUUCACAGCCGGGAACUCCAUUGCCAGGAAGUGGUGAUAUAAACUCAAGAUUUGCUCCAUUCGGACAACACACCCAGUUGACUGGCAGCUUCAGUUCAUUGCACCAUCACGGGCAACAACAGCAACAGCAUCAGCAACAACAACAGCAGCAAGCACCUCAACAUCAACAAGAUGAAUAUGAUGGAGUUCAUCAAAAGCUCAGUGGCUUAAAAUUGAACCAGAAUUACGAUUCAAAUGGAGCCACUGGUAACAAUUCCUCAUCUUCGUCGACAGCAGGGGGUAAUGGGCCAGCCAAUGGGAUUUGGGGAAAAUAA